AUGAAACCACCUUCUCAACAACAACUCUUGGGUAUUUGUCUCCUUCUCCUCUUCGUCAUGUUGUGGAUUCUUUUAGAAGGAAACGAACUUGCAUAUCCUCAUGUUCAUGCAUCGUCAGUGCAAGCCAUUCCCUUCGUUUCGCUUAUUCACGAAGAGAAUCGUGAUCAUUCCUCUUUGAUUGAAGAAGAGACUCUUUCCUUUCCACUCUCUCAUGAAAAUAAUUUGAUGAACCAGUUGAAUCGAUUGCAAACACUCAUGAAUCGAAGAGAAAUGAUUCAUUCGUUUUCUGCUGUGAAUCGUUUGAAACAAGUGGACUACAAUGAACAAGUUCAAAUUGUGAAACAAUUGAAUGAACCUCGAAGUCAGUUUAUUGUCAAGUUGAAGGAAUUUACAAAUGAAUUCAAUGAGGAUGAACCAUUCAUGGCAAAGUUGAAUGCAACUGAUAGAGACAUGGAAUGGCUACAAUCCAUGGUUAUGAAAUCUGGAAAACCUUUGAGAUUUUCAAAUGUCUUUGCAGUGGUGGCCAAAACGUCAGAAAUCAUUUCAUCUUUCAAAGCUAUUGAAUGGAUUGAUGAAUAUGAACCAAGAUUCAAAAGUGCUUUGAAUUUUCAAAAAAUUCAACAACUCGCUCAACGACAACUUGGCGAGACAUUUCACACUUCCAGUAGUUCUGUUAAUAAGAAUGACAGCACGAACAAGAAUCUGAUACAUGUCAUUAUUACCAUUCUCCCAUCUCUUGAUGCCAUUCUUGUCAAUCAAGAACUCGAAGAAGCUCAUCUCAUUGCCAAUGAAUUGAAUUCCAAACUCACAGAAUGGUUUUCCCAACAACGACAACAGCAAUGGAAAACAACACCCAAAAGAAUCCUUCAAUAA